UGUUCUUGCUUGUGCAAGUCCAAGGCUGACAACCAUCGUGAAGAGUCGCAACUGUAUUUCAUCCCAGCCGCGUAACACGAAGAUCAAAGGAUUUGCAAGUGCACAGAAAUUCCCUCUCAUGCCCGGGCCACUUGCCUCCCCACGCCGACAUGUCCCGCUGCGCGAGCGCCGCCCGCGACCGGUGCUUGGAGCUGGAGCGCGCCAUCGCUGCCCGCGUCCGCUCGGGAAACCUUGGCCUAGAUGACGCUGUCAAGCUGUUCGAUGAAUUGCUACACCACGCUAGGCCGGCCUCAGUGAUCGCCAUCAAUCAGCUCCUCACCGCUAUCUCUCGCGCUCAAGGCAGGGGCUCCUCCUCGGAGCUCGUCCCCUCCCUCUUCAACCGGAUGGCCCGUGCUUCCUCCAACAAGGUAGCUCCCGACCUGCACACCUACAGCAUCCUCAUCAACUGCUUCUGCCACAUGGGACGCGUGGAGCUUGGUUUCGCCGCCUUUGGCCUCAUCCUUAAGACAGGCUGGAGGGUGAAUGACAUAGUCAUCAAUCAACUGCUCAAAGGUCUGUGUGACAGUAAGUGCGCGUCUGAGGCCAUGAACAUAUUGCUCCGACGAAUGCCUGAGUUUGGCUGCUCGCCAGAUGUAGUUUCAUACAACAGAAUUCUCAAGGGCUUAUGCGACAAAAAGAGAGCUGAGGAGGCGCUUCAGCUGCUCCACAUGAUGGCUGAUGAUGGAUGUGGUAACUGCCCACCAAAUGUCGUGUCGUACACAAUCGUCAUCAAUGGCUUCUUUAGAGAUGGACAGGUCGAUAGAGCUUACAAUCUAUUUCAUGAAAUGGAUGACCGGGGGAUUGUGCCGACUGUUGUGACCUACACCACAGUCAUUGAUGGCUUGUGCAAAGCUCAAGAGGUUGACAGGGCCGAGGGCGACCUUUAGCAAUUGAUUCAUAAAGGUGCCAAGCCAAACAAUUGGACAUAUAAUUGUCUCAUCCAUGGAUAUUGCUCUUCAGGACAGGGGAAAGAGGUGGUUCGAAUGCUCAAAGAAAUGUCUGCACAUGGUCAUCAACCAGAUGCUGUCACUUGUAAUUUGCUGCUGGACUAUCAUUGCAAGAAUGGAAGAUGUGCAGAGGCUAGAAAUUUUUUUGAUUCUAUGAUUGAGAAGGGCAUGAAAAUUGAUGUAACUACAUAUGGCACUCUGCUUCAUGGUUAUGCUGCCAAAGGAGCUCUUUCUGAUAUGCAUGCCAUCUUGGAUUUGAUGGCAGCAAAUGGUAUUUCACCUGAUCAUCACAUCUUCAACAUAGUUCUCUGUGCGUAUGGUAAAUGUGGUAUGCUAGAUGAGGCAAUGCAUAUAUUUGACCAAAUGAGGCAGCAAGGAUUGAGUCCUAAUGUAGUUAGCUAUGGAGCAAUAAUAGAUGCACUUUGCAAGUUGGGAAGAGUGGAUGAGGCUAUGCUUAAAUUCGAUCAGAUGAUCUAUGAAGGGGUGACUCCUAAUAUAGUUGUUUUUACCUCGCUAGUUUAUGGACUAUGCUCUGUUGACAAAUGGGCGAAGGCUGAUGGAUUAUUUUCUGAAAUGCUGAAUCAAGGGAUCCAUCCCAAUGCCACGUUCUUCAACACAAUAAUGUGUAACCUUUGCAGAAAAGGACGGGUCACGGAAGCCCAGGUUCUCCUUGACUUGAUGGUGCAUGUAGGUGUGAGACCUGAUGUUAUCUCGUAUACUACAUUAAUUGAUGGCUACUGCUUAGCUGGUAGGAUGAAGGAAGCUAUGAAGUUGCUUGAUGAUAUGGUCCUAGUUGGCUUGAAACCAAAUGCAUUUUCUUAUAAUAGUUUGCUUCAUGGCUAUUGUAGAGCUGGCAGGAUAGAUGAUGCAGUUAGACUAUUCAGAGAAAUGUCAAGCAAUGAAGUUAGGCCUAGAUGUGUCACUUAUAACAUAGUACUUCACGGUUUAUUUCGGUCUGGGAAAUUUUCUGAAGCAAAAGAACUCUAUCUCAAUAUGAUCAAAAGUGGAUUGCAGUUGGACUUGUACACGUACAACAUAAUUCUGAAUGGUCUUUGCAAAAAUAAAUGUGUUGAUGAGGCAUUUAAAAUAUUUCAGAGUCUAUGUUCUAAGGAUUUUCAACUUGACAUCAUUACCUUCGACAUUAUGAUUGGUGCUUUGCUCAAAAGUGGCAGAAAGGAAGAUGCGAUGGAUAUGUUCGCUGCUAUCUCUGCCCAUGGUUUAGUUCCGAGUAUUAUGACCUAUCGUUUAAUGAUACAAAAUCUCAUAAAAGAAGGGAUGCUAGAUGAGUCUGAAAAUCUGUUUAGAGCAAUGGAAAAGAGUGGAUGCACUCCAGACUCAUUUAUGCUAAAUUCUCUUGUUAGGAGGCUGUUGCGUAGAGGUGAGAUAAUGAGGGCUGGCGCUUACCUCUCCAAAAUUGAUCAGAUGAACUUCUCACUUGAGGCAGCCACUACUUCCUUGCUAAUAUCUGUUUUCUCGAGGGAGGAAUAUCAGCACCAUGCAAAGUCCCUGCCUGAAAAAUAUCAUUUUCUUGUGGAUGUCAAGAAAUAGCGUAACAAGUAAAAACUUGUUCUGAGAAGAGCUGGUGGCCUCCCUGGUUGAAUGUUGUUUCCAGCUAUCUCUUCCACUACCUGAGUUGAAGAAUUCUGGGACAGAGAGCAGAGUUAUAGGAGCAUUAGCUUAUGGAACUGGUUAUGGUGCUCUGAAUUGGACUGAACCUGCUUUGGAUGUGGUGGAAGUUUGCAGACCAUGUGUUCUUUGGGACUGCAAUGGUCGUACCUAUGCAAUCGAUUGCUAUCUAAAGUUGCUUGUAAGGCUUUGUCAUAUAUAUGACACUAGAGGUGGCGUGAAGACAAUUAAAGCUGGUGCAUCUCAAGAUCAGAUUCUGAAUGAGACACGACUUAGAAAUUUGCAGCUACAACUUAUCAGGGAUCUUUGUGAGGUUCAUACACCUCGAAUAUCUUCACGCUUGAUAUGGGCAAUUUCUGAACACUUUGAUCUUGAAUGUCUGGAUCCCCUUUUAGCUGAUGACCCAGAGGAUCCAUUGAAUAUUAUCAUAUCUAACAUGCAUAAGAUAUUAUUCAACACCGAUUCAUCUGCUACUACAUCAAAUAGGAUACAAGAUGUGCAGGCUGUCCUAAUAUGUGCUCAACGUUUGGGAGCAAGAAAUGCAAGAGCAGGCCAACUUCUCAGUAAAGAGCUGGAAGAAUUUAGGGCAAGUACUUCAGCUGAUUCUGUCACCAAGCAUCAAUCACGUUAUGUCUUGCAAGUAAUAAAAUAUGUAACAAACCAUCCAGAUAACAGGUGGGUUGGUGUGGGUGAUGCUACAGGGGAUUAUCCAUUUAGCCACCACAAGCUUACUGUUCAAUUUUCAGAGGCAUCUGCUGCCCAAGACAGGAAAUUGGAGGGAUUAGUUCAUAAGGCCAUUCGGGAGCUGUGGAGGCCGAAUCCUAGUCAGUUAACUCUCCUACAAACAAAGGGAAUUGGCGCCUUGCAUAAAGAGCUU